AUGCUCUUCCACACAUCAUUAAUUUUCUUACUCCCCCUCUGUGAGUGAACAAAAAAUUUUGUUCUUAUGGAGGGGGUUAUUUGUUUUAAAAAAUUUAUAUAUAUAAAUUUUAUAGUAAUUUUUUUUUUUCAAAAAAAUUCCAAUUCACAAAAAUUGGAAAGUAUAUAUUUAUUUAAUUUGUAAAAUUUAUGUUUUAAAAUGCAAUUUGUUCAAAAUUUAAACAGAAUUAGCUAGAGAUUUCAUUAUACUAAUUAUCACUGAUAUAUCAAAAAUUUUUUUCAUAAAAAAAUUUUCUUGUGGGUUUUUGGGCAAAAAAUAGGGAUUUUUCCAAUGGUUUUAUUCGCUCACGAAGGUAGGAAUUAGUAUUAAUUUUUGAUCAAGCAUGCUGACUUCAGCUUCUUAUGAUGGAAAAUUUUUUGAGUUUGAAACUGACUAUGGAACCCAAGACAUCGGAAAGUUUAGUUUUCAAGAUGAUAGAAAACUCAAUACCAUGUCUAAUAUAACCCUACCAGAGCUAGUGCGAAAACAACAAAAACAAUUAUCAUCUCAGUUAGCAAGGCUUAAAGAGCUAGAACUCGAAAACGAAAUUUUGACAAAAGAGAAAGGAAAGAUAGAAGAAGAAUACAGUGCCUACAGGUCAGAGUCUGCAAUCAGCACACCUUUUACUACAGCUCGGAGAAAAUCCAAUAAAUUCCAUGUACAAUCAGAUAUCGCUUUUUCAGCUUCACAACUUUUAAAGCCAGAAGAAAAUUAUUUAUUCACAUAUAAAUACGGAUUCAGCCUAAAAACUUUUUAUCAGCAUACUGAUGAGUCAGCUGUGAGGAGAAAAAGCAAUUUAAGUGACGAGCUGGAUCAAAGAUUCGAAGAACUUCUUAACCGUUAUGGGGAAGAGGUUUUUGAUCAAAUAGUGAAAAAGAGAAAAAAACAUGACCCGCAUUAUAAGAAAAUUGCAGGGGAAAUUGUAGAAAAAAUCGAUGAGCUCGAAAACUGAGAUCCAGAAGUCGAACAAAUGAUAAGCGAUAUAUCAAUUGAAGAAGCACCAGAUAAGCCUAAAGCUUUUCAAGCAAAAGUCAAAAAGUCUAAAAACAAACAAAUAAUUUCUAAAAGAGAGUUCGUAAAUUUAGAAAGCCUCAAAGAAAAAACGAUCAGUGUCAGCUCAGGCUGUUUUAAUGAAGGAAAAGAGCUUUGCCAAGCCAAAACAAGGAAAAAUGAUAUCCAAAAAAACCAGAGAAAUAAAGCACAUAAAAAAAAGCCGGUUAAGUAUGACUAUGAUUCUGAUGAAUAUAUAGAAUACACAUGGAAAGACAGCCGAAAAGCUUUUCGACAUAAUUCUCCAAACCCAAGGAGACUGGGAUUUUUCUAG